AUGUCUAAGGUAGCCAAGUAUCGCCGGCAGGUGAGCGAAGACCCCGAUAUCGACAGCCUGCUGUCCACCCUGUCUCCCGAGGAGAUGGAAGAGCUGGAGAAGGAGCUGGACGUGGUGGACCCAGAUGGGAGCAUUCCCGUGGGGCUGUGGCAGAGAAACCAGACGGAGAAGCAGUCCACGGGCGUGUACAACCGCGAAGCCAUGCUCAACUUCUGUGAAAAGGAGACCAAGAAGCUGAUUCAGAGGGAGAUGUCCAUGGAUGAAAGCAAGCAAGUGGAGACCAAGACAGAUGCCAAGAAUGGAGAGGAAAGGGGCAGAGAUGCCAGCAAAAAAACCCUGGGCCCCAGAGGGGACUCAGACCUGGGGAAGGAGCCAAAGAAGGGUGGCUUAAAGAAAAGCUUCUCAAGAGACAAAGAUGGAACUGAUGGCAAAGGCGGUGAGAAGCCCAAGGAGGAGAAGCUCAUCAGGGGCAUUGACAAGGGCCGGGUCAGGGCUGCGGUGGACAAGAAGGAGGCAGGCAAGGAUGGCAGAGGAGAGGAGAGUGUCAUGGCCACCAGGAAGGAAGAUGAGAAGAAAGGGAGCGACAGGAACACAGGUUUGAGCAGAGACAAAGAUAAGAAGAGAGAGGAGAUGAAGGGGAUAACCAAGCAAGAGGAUAAUGUGAAGGUGAAAGGGGAGAGUAGGAACACAGACACCAAAAAAGAGGAUGAGAAGGUGAAAAGAGGAAGUGGGGAGACGGAUAUGAAGAAAAAGGGUGAGAAAGUCAAGAAGAACGAGUCCCAAAAUGAAAAGGAGCCCAAGGAAGAGAGCAAGACCAAAGCACAAGAGGGAAGCAGUUCAGAGAAACAUGCCCCCAGCGACCCCACCAAGCCCUCUGAAGGAUCUGCCAAGGUGGAGGAGGAAGCAGCUCCCAGCAUAUUUGAUGAGCCUCUGGAGAAGGUGAAGAACAAUGACCCGGAGAUGACUGAGGUGAAUGUCAACAACUCAGACUGCAUCACAAAUGAGAUCUUGGUCCGGUUUACCGAGGCUCUGGAAUUCAACACUGUGGUCAAGGUGUUUGCCCUGGCCAACACACGAGCUGAUGACCACGUGGCCUUUGCCAUCGCCAUCAUGCUCAAAGCCAACAAGACCAUCACCAGCCUCAACCUGGACUCCAACCACAUCACAGGCAAAGGCAUCCUGGCCAUCUUCCGGGCCCUCCUCCAGAACAACACGCUGACCGAGCUCCGCUUCCACAACCAGCGACACAUCUGCGGCGGCAAGACAGAGAUGGAGAUCGCCAAGCUGCUCAAGGAGAACACCACACUGCUCAAGCUAGGCUACCAUUUUGAGCUGGCUGGACCCCGAAUGACCGUCACCAACCUGCUCAGCCGCAACAUGGACAAGCAGCGACAAAAACGGCUACAGGAGCAAAGGCAGGCACAGGAGGCCAGCGGACAGAAGAAAGAUCUGCUGGAGGUGCCCAAGGUGGGCACUCCGGCCAAGGGCUCCCCCAAGCCCUCACCCCAACCAUCUCCAAAGUCCUCUCCAAAGAACUCGCCUAAGAAGGGGAGUGCUCCAGCUGCCCCACCCCCACCUCCACCUCCCUUGGCCCCCCCCCUUAUCAUGGAGAACCUGAAGAACUCACUGUCACCAGCUACCCAGAGGAAGAUGGGAGACAAAGUCCUCCCUGCCCAGGAGAAGAACUCCCGUGACCAGCUACUGGCCGCCAUCCGCUCUAGCAACCUCAAGCAGCUCAAGAAGUGGAAGUGCCCAAACUGCUUCAGUAGGACCAGGCUGCCGGGCCUCACCUCCCAGGGCUACACAGACCCCGCCUGCCCCACCCCUGACUGA